CCCCGCCCCUCUGCAGCGAGAGAACGGGAGCCCCAUUCAAACAAACCAAACUCCGCGCCCCGGGAUGCGACAGUCGCUGUAGUAAGAGAGAAAGGCGGCAGCAGCAGCAGCAGAAGAAGAAGAAACCACUAACACACACUUUACCCGAGGAAUCGCACCACUGGGACCCGUCAGACACACGCACAGAGACGCAGACGGACACACACACACACUGAGCGCUAGCAGGAGGCUAACAGCUAACAGCAACCGACAUGGCGAGCGCCUCGUACCACAUCUCCAACCUGCUGGAGAAGAUGACUUCCAGCGACAAGGACUUCAGGUUCAUGGCCACUAACGACCUGAUGACGGAGCUGCAGAAAGAUUCCAUCAAACUGGACGACGACAGCGAGAGGAAGGUGGUGAGGAUGAUCCUCAAACUGCUGGAGGACAAGAACGGAGAAGUGCAGAAUCUGGCUGUCAAAUGCCUAGGGCCCCUGGUCAGUAAGGUGAAGGAGUACCAGGUGGAGACGAUCGUGGACACUUUGUGCACCAACAUGCUGUCGGACAAAGAGCAGCUGAGAGACAUUUCCUCCAUCGGCCUGAAGACCGUGAUCGGAGAGUUACCGCCUGCUUCUAGUGGCUCCGCCCUCGCUGCCAGCGUCUGUAAGAAGAUAACCGGGCGCCUGACGAGCGCCAUCGCCAAACAGGAAGACGUGUCGGUCCAGCUGGAGGCGCUCGACAUCAUGGCCGACAUGCUGUGCAGGCAGGGGGGGCUGCUGGUGAACUUCCAUCCCUCCAUCCUCGGCUGUCUGCUCCCUCAGCUCACCUCCCCCAGACUGGCGGUCAGAAAGAGGACCAUCAUGGCUCUGGGCCACCUGGUCAUGUCCUGUGGGAACCUGGUCUUCAUCGACCUCAUCGAGCACCUUCUGGCGGAGCUCGGCCGGAACGACAACAUGUCGACCACCAGGACGUACAUCCAGUGCACGGCCGCCAUCAGCCGGCAGGCGGGGCACCGGAUCGGAGAGUAUCUGGAGAAGAUUAUUCCCCUGGUGGUAAAGUUCUGCAACGUUGACGACGACGAGCUGCGGGAGUACUGCAUCCAGGCCUUCGAGUCCUUCGUCAGGAGGUGUCCUAAAGAAGUUUACCCCCACGUCCCCACGGUCAUCUCCAUCUGCCUGCGCUACCUGACCUACGACCCCAACUACAACUUUGACGACGAAGACGAGGACGACAACGCCAUGGACGCCGAGCAGAACGACGAAGACUACCAAGGCAGCGACGACGAGUACAGCGACGACGACGACAUGAGCUGGAAGGUCCGCCGGGCGGCCGCCAAGUGCUUGGACGCCGUCGUCUCCACGCGCCAUGAGAUGCUGCCGGAGUUCUACCGCUCCGUCUCCCCGGCGCUCGUCUGUCGCUUCAAGGAGCGGGAGGAGAACGUGAAGGCGGAUGUUUUCCACGCCUACCUGUCGCUGCUCAAGCAGACCAGACCGGCUCAGAGCUGGCUAAGCGACCCGGAUGCGAUGGAGCAGGGAGACACGCCGCUGACUAUGCUGCAGAGCCAGGUGCCCAUGAUCGUCAAGGCUCUCCACAAGCAGCUGAAGGAGAAAAGUGUCAAAACCCGCCAGUGUUGUUUCAACAUGUUGACGGAGCUGGUGAACGUGUUACCGGGAGCCCUGACGACCCACAUCCCAGUACUAAUACCAGGUAUCAUCUUCUCUCUGAACGACAAGUCGAGCAGCUCCAACCUGAAGAUCGACGCCUUGUCCUGCCUCCACGUCAUCAUGGUCACGCACCCCGCCCACGCCUUCCACGCCCACGUCCCCGCCCUCGUCCCGCCCGUGGUGGCUUGCGUGGGAGACCCCUUCUACAAGAUCACCUCCGAGGCCCUGCUCGUCACACAGCAGCUCGUCAAGGUGAUCCGACCUCUGGACAACCUGUCGGAGGCCUCUGACGGCUUCGACCCCUCCCCCUACAUCAGCGACCUGUUCACCUGCACCAUCAAACGCCUGAAGGCCGCCGACAUCGACCAGGAGGUCAAAGAGCGCGCCAUCUCCUGCAUGGGCCAGAUCAUCUGUAACCUAGGCGACCGUCUGCCGGCUGAACUUCCGGGAACGCUGCUGAUCUUCCUGGAGCGCCUCAAGAACGAGAUCACCCGGCUGACCACGGUGAAAGCUCUCACGCUGAUCGCCGGCUCUCCGCUGAAAAUCGACCUGAGGCCGGUUCUCCCCGACGCCGUUCCCAUCCUCGCCUCCUUCCUCCGCAAGAACCAGCGCGCCCUGAAGCUCUGCACGCUGGCUGCUCUGGACAUCCUGCUCAGGAACUACAGCUCGGCGGUGACUCCCGUCAUGGUGGACGCCGUGCUGGCCGAGCUGCCGCCCCUCAUCUCGGAGAGCGACAUGCACGUGUCCCAGAUGGCGCUGAGCUUCCUGUCCACGCUGGCGGUGACCCACCCGUCCUCGCUGGGGCAGCUGAGCGGAGGCAGCAUCCUGCAGCAGCUCAUCGCGCUGGUUCGAUCCCCGCUGCUGCAGGGCGGAGCGCUCGCCGCCAUGCUGGACUUCUACCAGGCUCUGGUUGCCACGGAGACGUCCGGGCUGGGCUACAUGGACCUGCUGAGGAUGCUGACCGGUCCCGUCUACUCCCAGAGUGCCGCUCUGCCUCACAAACAGGCCUACUGCUCCAUCGCCAAGUGCGUGGCGGCUCUGACCAGAGCGUGUCCCGACGAGGGGCCCGCCGUGGUGGGGCAGUUCAUCCAGGACGUGAAGAACAGCCGCUCCACAGACUCCAUCCGACUGCUCGCUCUGCUCUCAUUGGGCGAGGUGGGACACCACGUGGACCUGAGCAGCCAACCGGAGCUCAAGACGGUCAUCCUGGACGCGUUCUCGUCCUCCAGUGAAGAGGUGAAGUCGGCUGCCUCCUACGCGUUGGGCAGUAUCGCGGUGGGGAAUCUUCCCGAGUAUCUUCCCUUCGUCCUGCAGGAGAUCUCCUCCUCAAAGAGACAGUACCUGCUGCUGCACUCGCUCAAAGAGAUCAUCAGUUCGGCGUCCGUCUCCGGCCUGAAGCCGUACGUGGAGUCGGUUUGGACUCUGCUGCUCAAACACUGCGAGUGUCAGGAGGAAGGAACCAGGAACGUGGUCGCCGAGUGUCUCGGGAAAUUGACGCUCAUCGACCCCGAAACCCUGCUGCCCCGCCUCAAAGGAUACCUGCUGUCAGGUUCGUCGUACGCCAGGAGCUCCGUGGUAACGGCGGUGAAGUUCACCAUCUCUGAUCAGCCGCAGCCCAUCGACCCGCUGCUGAAGAACUGCAUCGGUGACUUCCUGAAGACGCUGGAGGACCCCGACCUCAACGUGCGCCGCGUUGCCUUGGUAACGUUCAACUCUGCCGCCCACAACAAGCCCAGCCUGAUCCGGGAGCUGCUCGACUCGGUUCUGCCCCAACUCUACAACGAGACCAAAGUCCGGAAGGAGCUGAUCCGAGAGGUGGAGAUGGGCCCCUUCAAGCACACAGUGGACGACGGGCUGGACCUCAGGAAGGCGGCGUUCGAGUGCAUGUACACGCUGCUGGACAGCUGCCUGGACCGGCUCGACAUCUUCACCUUCCUCAACCACGUGGAGGACGGGCUGAAGGACCACUACGACAUCAAGGUGGGCGGGGCCCGUCCCGGGACACGCCCUCAAUGAAUGUUCA